GCCAAGCGAGAGAGAGAUUUGUCGCUCCUGUGUCGUCUGCACCACGUCUGUUACACGACACACGGCAUGCACAUCCGUCUGGCCAGCAGUAGCAGGGGCAACAACUCUAGUGCAUCAGCAGACGGCAACAGGACCAGUGCAUCAACAGACUCUAGACUCGUGAUCUUGCUGGCCUUACUAUGGCCGACGAGGAGGACGGGAAUGAUAACAGCGAAAAUAAUGCUCGCAGGUUCAGAGAACUGUUCCGUGGCCGCUUCACCCAGGAGGACGCUGUGAGGAUUGUCAGGGGCUUUGAGGAUCUGAGGGACGCCGUCAUUUUCUUCCUCACUGCUUCACCUGAACAAGUGAGAGAAUUUCUUGGCCAGGACCAAGACUACCAGGCCCACCUGAUGGACGAUGCCGACAGCGUCAUGUCCAUACUGGACUCCGACCUGCAGCAAGGCACCAGUGACCGGCUGUUUGCCUGCAGACACUGCGUCAGGAGUUGGUGGAAGAAGGUGCCAAACAGGAAGAUGGUGUCCACAUGCCGUGGGUGUGACAGGAAACUGGAGGCCAUCCCCCGGGACAAGGAGUGGGGCUGGGGAAGGUUUGAGUGCCAGAAUAUUCACUGCCGGAAUGUCUUUUACGGUGUGGGGGUGAUGGGUAUGACCAAGAGCCUGUGCCACAAGUGUAACCUCCCCGCCCCCAUAGUCGAGGUCAUCCCUCCUAAGCUGAGAGAGAAGACACGAGGGCCUGACAACCAUGACUGUAAUGGGGUCAACUGUUACAACGGCUACAACAGGAACAACCCGGUGCCUUACAGGAACAACAGACCCGAUCCAGCGCUGAACGACAUACGACGCCGCGUGGAAAUAACCAAUAGUAACGGCCGUGGUCGAGAGGGCAAGCCAGCCGUGUGCAUCCACAAAAGGUCUGAUCGUCCUGACGCUUCCAGAGUCCGCACGUGGAGUCAGGUGCACAUCAGCUCAGGGUCAACAGUCACCACGUGCAUUGACCAGGGCAGCUUGAACACAGGGACGGGAUCGUUUGCCUACACCAUGGAGACCAUUGACUAGACCAUGGAGACCAUUGACUAGACCAUGGAGACCAUUGACUAGACCAUGGAGACCAUUGAAUAGACCAUGGAGACCAUUGACUAGUGGAGACCAUUGACUAGACCAUGGAGACCAUUGACUAGACCAUGGAGACCAUUGACUAGACCAUGGAGACCAUUGACUAGACCAUGGAAACCAUUGACUAGACCAUGGAGACCAUUGAAUAGACCAUGGAGACCAUUGACUAGACCAUGGAGACCAUUGACUAGACCAUUGACUAGACCAUGGAGACCAUUGACUAGACCAUGGAGACCAUUGACUAGACCAUGGAGACCAUUGACUAGACCAUUGACUAGACCAUGGAGACCAUUGACUAGACCAUUGACUAGACCAUGGAGACCAUUGACUAGACCAUGGAGACCAUUGACUAGACCAUGGACUAGACCAUGGAGACCAUUGACUAGACCAUGGAGACCAUUGACUAGACCAUGGAGACCAUUGACUAGAUUAUGGAGACCAUUGACUAGACCAUGGACUAGACCAUGGAGACCAUUGACUAGACCAUUGACUUGACCAUUGACUAGACCAUGGAGACCAUUGACUAGACCAUUGUCUAGACCAUUGACUAGACCAUUGACUAGACCAUUGACUAGACCAUUGACUAGACCAUUGACUAGACCAUUGACUAGACCAUUGACUAGACCAUGGAGACCAUUGACUAGACCAUUGACUAGACCAUUGACUAGUAGACCAUGGAGACCAUUGACUAGACCAUGGAGACCAUUGAUUCGACCGUCGAUUAGAUCAUCGGCUAUCGAUCAGACAAUCAACUCGACCAUCGGUCAUCGAUUAGACCAUUUCUUCAUCCCGUGUUACAUGCAUGACGUCAACAUGUGUAUACGAUUGCCUUUAGACUUUUUAAACGACAAUACAUUUCUGGAGUUCUAGUUUUUUUUUUUUUCUCAGUGGAGUGGUGUUGGCUGGGGUGGUGUUGGCUGGGGUGGUGUUGGCUGGGGUGGUGUUGGCUUGGGUGGUGUUUAAUAAGGGGCCAGUCCAGGGGUGUUUGGGGUUGAUCAGUGCUCCAUAAAAGUUACUUGUUAAAAGAAAUGAGUUGUCGCAAUGUUUAUCAUUCUCAUUUUAUUUGUGUAGUCAAGGUGUGAAAAUUGAUUACAAUUUUAUUUUUUAUGUGAAGGUGUGAAAAUUUAUUACAAUUUUAUUUUUAAUGUGAAGGUGUGAAAAUUGAUUAAAAUAAUGACAAUGUCAA